CAUCCACACGUCCACCCGCUCUCUGGGAAGCUUCCACACAGUGUCCUGCUGGUUUCUUGUCAUGGAACAUGUCAGGACUUUAGUUUAUAUCUGAAAGUGUAAUUUCCUUGAAUAUGUAAAAUGUGCUGAUAGAUCCCAUGUUGACUGACAGCUCUCUCUCUCUGUGUCUGCAGGAUUAUCUCGGCUGCAUCAUCGACUGUGGCGCUCUGCCGCUGAAGCCGGAGCAGGUCAGCACUCUGUUCUGCAACAUCGAGGACAUCUACGAGUUCAACAGUGACCUCCUGGAGGAUCUGGAGCGGAGUCCUCAUGCUGCAGCCAUCGCCGAGUGCUUCGUAGAGAGGAGUGAAGCCUUCGACUUCUACACACUCUACUGCAUGAACUACCCCAACUCGGUGGCGGUGCUGAGGGACUGCAUGAAAAACGAGAGUCUGGUUCGUUUCUUCCACGAGAGACAGACGACUCUGAACCACUCGUUACCUCUGGAGACGUAUCUGCUCAAACCAGUGCAGAGGAUCCUCAAAUACCACCUGCUCCUACAGGAGCUUUCGAAGCACUUUGAUAAGAGCGUCCCCGGGUACGAGGUCGUGGAGGACGCCAUCAUCACCAUGACCGCGGUCGCCUGGUACAUCAACGACAUGAAGAGGAAACAGGAACACGCAAUCCGGCUGCAGGAAAUCGAGUCCUUGCUGGUGAACUGGAACGGGCCGGACCUCGGCGGGUUUGGAGAGCUGGUUCUGGAAGGUUCCUUCAAGGUCCUGAGAGUGAAGAAGGAACGAGCGUUCUUCCUCUUCGAUAAGAUGCUGCUGAUCGCCAAGAAGAGGCUGGAGCACUUUGUCUACAGCACACACAUAUUUUGUUGUAACCUGCUGCUGGUGGAGACCCUGAAGGACUCGCUGUGCUUCAAAGUGUCGGACCAGACGAUUCCCAAACUGCAGCACGUGGUCCAGACGAAGAACCAGGAGGAGAAACGACUGUGGGUUCACUACCUCAAGAGACUGAUCGUGGAAAACCAUCCAGCUUCACUCCCACAGAAGGCGAGACAAGUCCUGGGAGACAACUUCUGUCAAUCGCCUCACUUUGAGCAGGACAACCUGAAGAAGUCCUGCGCCUCGCCACGACCGGACGACGUCCACGGGUUCCACAGAGGACGACGCCAAUCAGGUCAGGAGCCUCCAGAGCUGCUGACCUACACUCCUGAGAAGUCCAGGAAGGGUCUCCCACUGCUGCUGGACGGAAACCUGCCCUACAGACGCACCAGGAGACAGUCAGCUCCGGCUAAAGACAUUGAAGCUGUGUUUCAUCCCAACGCCUUGAAGGUAAGUUCUCAGGUGAACGCUCCAGUGAAGAUCCAGCAGGAUUCUGUCCACUGAACAAAGUGUUGUGUCGUUAUCUGAUGAACAACUGGAUUUAACUGGACUUAUAAACACACUCACACAAACUUAUAAACACAAACACGCACUAAGCUGAGAAGAGAGUAAUUUCUUGUAAUAUCACAACACAA